AUGAAUGAAGACACGACUGAAGACACCAAUGAUUUGAUUUUAAGACCAAAUGUCUCUGAAGUACUAAAAGAUAAUUGUGUGGAACCGAUGAAUGGAUUGAAUAUAGAAAAGCAUACGUUAGUCAACAAUACAUCAAAUCCAUUGAUAUCUCAUUCCUCACCACAAGAGAUGGUAAACGAAGAGAUCAUUGAUAUCAGUAAUGAAGACUCGAUGGAAGACUCAAUGCAACCAAAAUUGUUAACUGAAUUUUUGCCCCAAAGUGUCCGCCGAAGUGAUCGCCAAAGAGACAAAUCUAAUCCAUUGACAACCCAUGCGUUGAUUUGUCCGCCAAAUGCGGGCCAAAAGACAUUCAAUCUAAUGAUUUUGUCGCCACCGAUAACUCAAUCGCUGCCACAACUCAUUGUUACCCAACCGGUGAACACUAAGCGAUUGAUCCCAAGGAUUGCUAACCCAAGGAUUCACUCAAAUACCAAUCGAGUUAUUGCUAACAAAGCGGUGAUCGAAAGCACUCGCGAAGAGUUGAUUGAGAAAAUCAAAUCAAGUUAUUCCUCGAGAUGUGCUCUCGAUAUGAAUGAGAGGCGAAAGUUUUAUGAUUUGAAUACUAAGACAUAUAUUUGUCCCAUAAAUGAGUGCCACAAAAGUGGCCAAAAGGACGUGUGGUUUUGGAAGCACUUGAAGACAACGCACUCAAACAAACUACAUGUCUGUGACUUUGAAGGCUGUGGUAAAGGCUUUAAGACAAACGAACAUUUAAAACAGCAUUCAUUUACACACAAAGCGAUUAAAUCAUUUAAAUGUCAUUAUAAUGGCUGUCAAUAUCGAGGCGUUAGUCGAAGACAUUUGACACAACAUAUGAAGAAACACUCGACGGACAGAGUGUUUAAAUGUGAUGUCAGCGGCUGUGGGAAGACAUUUACGACACAAACUGGUUUGUGGGCACACCGGCGGACACAUAAGACUGAACCGACGUAUAAAUGCGGUAUCGAUGACUGUAAUGAUAUGUUUUACACUGCAUCUCAACGGACCAAACAUCAGGUUAUGGUUCAUAACCGGCGGCCGUAUAAUUACAAGAGAAACAAACACCGGUGCCAAUGGCCCGGAUGUGAUUGGAUGGGAACCGACAUGAAUGCACAUCAGCGCAUACAUACGGGUGAUAAGCCGUUCGCCUGUGUUUGGCCCGAUUGUGGCAAACGAUUUACCGCUAAAUAUAAACUUAGAGAACACAUGAAUAUUCACAAUAAUGUUAAGCCAUUUGCCUGUCAUUGGCCCGGAUGUCAGUACACGUCCGCCAGUAAUGCUAAUGUUAUCAAACACGCAAAACAAGUUCAUAAAGUGUAA